UAACAAUCUAAGAAACGGAACUCAAGAUGGAAACAGUUCGAUAGAUGAAGAAGAUAAAAUGAGUCCUGCUGAACGGUUAAUGGCUGCAAGUGGAUUACAUUUCAUGACAGCUAAUCUAGAACAAGUACUCUCAGCAACGUUUUACAAAUCAUUUGAGAUCCCAUUACUAGACAUCUACGACCAUUACCGUCAACAACUAGCCGAAAGACAAUCGACUUACGAAGCCGAAGUAUCAGCCAAAACCAAAGCAAUACGGGAAACCGAGAUCCGAAACAUGAAACAGAAUUUCAGCUCUUCUUCUUCUACUCGUAAGGGAAACCCAAAACAAACCCGUUUCAUAGGUCGUGAUUUGAAUUCGUUUAGAAAAGGUUUAAAAGAAUUACAAGAUCAAGUGGAAUCAGUUGAAAAAGUUAAACAAAUUUAUUACUUGGAAGUAGCUGGUGGUGAAUAUGAAGUAUGGAAAAGUGUUGCAGAUAAUAUAAGUUUAAUUGUUAAAUCAGAAGUAGAAGUCUAUGAUAGAAUAGCAUCUAAAGCCACCUCAGAUCCAACCCUAGAACUAAUGAUCACCUCAAUCCCUGAUCCAUUCGACACCUACAACCAAGACUUAAUUCCCAAUUCGAGUCAAGCGCCUGAGAUCUAUUCAAUCCUACCACCCCUAAGUAGUAUCCUAACCCCAGCCCAAGCGAUCGCCCGAAAAUCCUUACAAGAUUUCACUCCUGCUUCUCAGACUCUUGAACCGAAUUCUUCGUACCAAGGUUCAUCGGUUGGAGACGUCUUGAAUCAUCAAUUAGAUUCUACAACUCAUUGGGAUCAUCCGAUCAACCAACCCAACGAACUACCACCACUACCAGUGGUUAAUUACCAAUCUGAUGAUCUAGAAGAAGAACCAGAAGAAGAAGAUCGUUCGAACCGAUACCCAAGUAGAUCUUUGUUUGAUACCCCACCAGCUUCUCCUUCAUUACCUCAUCCACCUACUCUUCACUCGAUCGAAUCAGUUCCCACGAUCAACUUAAUACCUCAAACCCAAAGCUUUGCUCCUACUCCUUUACGAAACAUGGUCUUGAUUGAUUCUAAUCCUGAACAAGAAACUGAAUCUGUUUCAAAUCCAACUCCAGAUUCGAAUCCAAAUCCAGAGUAUUCUCAAGACACCAUCAAGUGUAACUUGUCAACUUUUAAAAGAGCUUCGGUGUUGAGUGGUAUUAGUUUGGGUGGAACUUCUGGGAUCGGGAAUGGGAAUGGGAAUGGGAAUGAAGAAUCGAUUAUGAGUCAGAUGCCUCCGCUUGGAAUUGAUUCGGAUUCAGAUUUAGAAAAUUCGUUUGGUUUAGAUCAUCAGGAUUGAAAAAAUUGAAAAAAUUGAAAAACAUAUUCCAGAACAUUAUACUUUGAUUUCUUAUGUGUUGGGUGGUUUUGGGUUACUUUCUUGACUCGUGUGGGCUUGAUUUUUUUUAUUUUCAUUAUGAUUCGUUUUUUUUCCCGCUGCUUUUGCAAUUCUUAAAUUUCUUAUUAUGUUUUUUUUAGUUAAUUCAAUCAAGUUACAUUCUAAUACUUUAAGAUUUCUUUUUGUUUUGUGUUUUCCUUGAGUCUUUUUUUUCUUUGUUUUGUUCUUGUAUUCUAUUAUGUUUUUUAAAAUGUAUUACAUCAACUUAAUUCUAUUCUAUUCCAAUACUUUUCUUUUUUUGUUUCUUUAAUAAGGUUUGGUAUUUUUUUAAAAUACAAGAAAAAGUAUAUUAUGAAAUUUACAUGAAUUUAGUAAAAAUAGUC